AUGUCUGUGCCUGAGCUGCUUCAGCCGUUCACCACAAGGAAAACCAUCCACAGAACAUGGGCAGGCACGUUUUUCUGCAAGCCUCAGGCCAUUUUCCAGCCUGAACUGGUGGAACAAAUCCAGGAACUCAUCAAGCAGGCGUCCAAGCUCAACAAAACAAUCAUGACCGUGGGCCUGGGCCACUCGCCUUCCGACUUGACCAUGACCAACGAGUGGUUGUGCAAUUUGGACAAGUUCGACAGGGUUUUGGGCCAGCAGGAGUACUACGGUCCUACGACGUCUGGAGCUGCCAAGGAGGUUAAAUAUGUUGAUUUGACUGUCGAGGCGGGUAUCCGUAUCUACCAGUUGAACGAGUACUUGAAGAAGAGCAACUUGGCGAUUCAGAAUUUGGGCUCCAUUUCCGACCAGUCGGUGGCGGGACUCAUUUCUACAGGCACUCACGGUUCGUCUCAGUACCACGGAUUGGUGUGUCAGCAGGUGGUGUCGAUUGUGGUGGCUAACGCCGAGGGCAAGUUGGUGGAGUGCUCUUCUGUGAAAAACGAAAAGCUUUUCAGGGCUGCCCUCUUGUCGCUUGGCAAAAUCGGUAUCAUCACUCAGGUCACCUUGAGAGCCGUGCCUAAGUACACCAUCAAGUCGAAGCAGGAGAUCAUCAAAUUCUCGACCUUGUUGCGCGAGUGGGACUCCAUCUGGCUCGACUCGGAGUUUAUCAGAAUCUGGUGGUUCCCUUACUCGGGCAAUUGCGUUUGCUGGAGAGCUUCCAAGUCCACAGACGCCUUGAGCGACCCUAGACCCUCGUGGUACGGCACUUUCUUCGGCAGGUUGUUUUACGAGUCGCUUUUGUGGGUUUCCGUGAACAUCUACCCAAAACUCACGCCGUGGGUGGAGCGUUUCGUGUUCAGACAGCAGUACGGUGACGUCGAGACCCUUGGAAGUGGAGAUAUUGCCGUGCAAAACUCCGUCGAGGGCCUCAACAUGGACUGCUUGUUUUCCCAGUUUGUCAACGAGUGGCUGGCGCCUUUGAAGGAGGGCAUCAACGUUUUGACUGAGCUCAACGACAAGAUCCAGGAGGCUGCCAAAAGCAACGAUUUCUACGUCCAUGCGCCUAUCGAGGUCAGAUGCUCCAAUGUGACUUACACCGACAAGGCUUUUGUUGACGACGACGGCAAGCCUUCGUUGCAUCCUCCUCAGAAGUGGUUGGCCACAAGAGACGCUGUCAGUGCUGGUCCUAUCCACGGUAACAACUUGAGACCUUUCUUGGACAACUCGCCCGAGGGCUUGCCUUAUGAAGACGACAUCAAGAAGGUCACCAAUGACCAAUUGACGCUUUUCAUCAACGCCACGAUGUACAGACCUUUUGGUUUCAACGUGCCCACGCACUCUUGGUACCAGAUUUUCGAGGAUGCCAUGACCAGAGCUGGAGGUAAGCCCCACUGGGCGAAAAACUUUAUUGGAUUGCCUGGCGACCACCACACCAAGGAGGACUUGAAGACGCAGUUGGAUUUCGGCGGCAAGCAGUUCUACUCAAUGCUUGGUUUUGAUCCUGUGAUGCAGAAGUGGUUUGGUCCCAGCUUGGAGGCCUACAACGACGUGAGGAGGGAAAUGGACCCUAACGGUGUUUUCAUGAGCGGCAAGCCCUGGGCCGUCAGAAACGGUAUUUUGAUUGAGUGA